CUCUUUCUAUUUAAUUUUUAUUUUCUUUUCAAAAAAAGUAGAAGAAAAUAUACGUUAAAGGUCAAAUCUAGUGUAUAGAACUACUAGAGGUUAGAGUUAUAGAACUACAGGCAAAACAAUGGUGAAACCUUUCUGUCUAUAAGUUUUGAAAGUGUGCAUGUGCUGUUUCCAUAUUCUAAACACUACUUUACUUCACUUGUUUGGGUUUCACCAGACCACCUAGUUAUUAUAUCAGUCUCACCGUCCAAACACCAACUAAACAACAACAAGACAUAAGGAUUAGAAAUUAAGAUGAAGCAGUAAAAGUGGCAUCUUUUUCCUUUUUUCCCUUUAUAAAUCACAAAUCUCAUGCACCUUCCUCAUACAUACAACUUCACUAGCUAACUCCACAAAACCGUCCCCUCUUUUUUUCUUAUGAAACCCAAAAUCACAAACAAAAUGGUUUCUCUAGAAACAGUUCAAGCAGCCUCCAUAUCUAUUGAGCCUACCUCAAGUCCCCGGAUUUCUUUCUCUGCAGAUUUUCUCGAUGAAAAGAAUUUUAUUUCUAUUACCCCAAACACCCAGAGUGAAAAGAAUCGAGAAAUAGAGAGAGAGAAAGCAAGAAAUCCAGAAUUUGAGUUCCUCUCAAGCAAUAUGAAUGGGAAUAACAUGAUAACAGCAGAUGAGCUUUUCUUUGAAGGGAAGCUGCUCCCCUUCUGGCAACUUCAGCAUUCUGAGAAGCUCAAUAAGAUCAGUUUGAGUAAGAAGGACAAUGAGCAAGAAGAGGGAGUAGAGAAGGCCAACAAGGAGGAGCCAAAGGUGAGUUGGUUUAUUGAUGAUGACCCAUCUCCAAGGCCACCAAAAUGCACUGUUCUUUGGAAAGAGUUGCUGAGGUUGAAGAAGCAACGUGCUUCUUCUUUGUCCCCAUCAUCUUCUUCUUCUUCAACAUCAACUUCUUCAAGCUCACUAGCUGAUGUUGUUAUUAAAGAAGAAAAGAAAGAAGGCUCUGCAUGGAACACAGAGAAGCAUGUGAAGAGGAUAAAGAAAGGGCUGGAGAGAACAAGAUCGGCCAGUAUCAGAAUUCGACCAAUGAUAAAUGUGCCCAUUUGCACACAAGUGAAGAGCAACACAUUACCACCUUUGUUUCCACUCAAGAAAGGAAGAUUGGAUAGGUUCAGAUGAGAAACUGGCCGGAUCUGUAGGUUUUUGUCUAAUAUGUUCAUUUCUGCUAGUGCUAUCUAUUUCAUUGUACUAAAUCCUUUUUUUUUUUUGGUGCUUUUCUUGUGCUUAGAUCAAUGUUGAAUGUGGCAAAUAUGAUGAUUUACGAUGUAAAUGCUGACUUAUAUUUGUUGAAUUCCAUUAGCAUAAUAAGUUUUUUUUUUCUCAUUCCUAGAUGAACUAGUAGACUGUUCUAGUUUUGUUUGGAUAGAAACUAGAAAAAGUAGCACAUGCAAGAUGCAGGGACUGAGGAUCAAGGGUCCCAUGUUGCAGGAUUGGAUGAAGGAAUCUGAUCAAUGUCCAAACACUAUUGAACUGUUAAUAAUUUCUGGAAAAAGAAAAGAAAAGAAGUCUGCAGACCCUAUGGCUCUGACUCCAUUUAUGAAUGAGAAAUGAAGGUGAGAGAGCUGUUAUGCACAGCGCUUUGUAUCUUUCAUGGGACCAGUGUUCGUGCGGUUAAAUAUCAACAAGAUGUACCAAAUGGAGCCUCAGAAUAUUCAAUACUCAUAGGAAAAGCACUUUGUAUACAAACUAAUUUGCUCAAGAAGGUGACAAUUUAAAUAAUCAGAGACCACAUCACAUAACAAAACACAUAGCAACCACAAAUUCACAGUCUGCACAAACAAGGAGAUAUGGAAAUUAUUAUACAAGUUAAUUUUAAUUAUAUAUCAAUAAUUGACAUACAAUGGGGUAUACAAAUCAAUGCAGUUGAGAAAUGAAAAUUAGAUUAUGGACAACCACUUACAAAACUACAAUUGUGCACACCAAAUGCAACAGAAGCUUUUGUCAGGCCAUAUCAAAGCACACUUGGCAAGUUAAUUUCCACGAGUAGAGAUAGCAGAACAAAAAUUAUAGUAGAAACAACUCUAAAACAAGAGUGGUAUUGAGCACUUCAAGGUAUGAGUCAGGGAAAAAAAAUUGUGGCAAUCAAGGUUCAUGAGAAGUGGACCUUGUGAAUUAUGCCUUAGGAUGCAGCGACCAAUUUGC